CUGGUUAGACACGAUAGUUCACUGUGCCAUCUCUAUGCUUUCAAGCCGACUCCACUAGUUGUCCUCUAAAUGGCUCCGAACGAGGCGGUUGUGGAGCAGGCGGAAGAGCCGGCGAAGAUUUCUACAUUUGCCGUUCUGGACCUGGAGACAAGCAACUUGCCUGCAUACCAGAACAACCGAGUGGGCAUUACGGAGUUGUGCAUUUACGCCUUUGAAGCCGCGCUCCUCAAGAAGGAAAAGAAGGAGCAGGAGGAGGACCAGGAGCUGCCAGCGGCACCGCGCGUACUGCACAAGUUGAAUCUGCUCUUCCAGCCGUCCAUGAAGGUUUAUCCGGAAGCGGAGAGAAUCACAGGUCUGAGCAACUACAUUCUGGAGCGUGAGUCCAAGCUGGACGUGGACGCCGCUCAACUCAUCAACGGCUUUCUGAAGCACUUGCCGAGUCCAGUUUGUCUGGUGGCUCACAACGGUUGGGGCUUCGAUUUUCCCAUUCUGAGACAGAUCUUUGAGAAACUCAACGUAGAGCUUCCCCAAUCCCUGACUUGUGUAGACUCAUUACGCGCCUUCAUGGAGAUUGACGACACCCAACAAAAAGAAACCAGUCACUUGAAAGUCCUCGACGCUGUGCAGGAAACCCAAGCCAUUCCGGAACUGAAUCCCAAUGAGGAAACUGAAGCUGCCCCCAAGGAGCCAGAAGCGGUCAAGGAGAUCGAUUGGCGAACCAGAAACGAAACUACUCCAAACCGUCCCAUUCUGACGCCAAAGGAAGCGUUCGCCAAGCGCAAGCUAUUACGCGACGGAAAUGAGGAUGACUUGGAGGAGCAAAGCCCUGCGAAGCGGAAGCCCGAAGAGUUCAGGUCCCGACGCCAGCUGUUCAGUGGAUUCAAGUGUGCCGAAACCAAACGCUUUCCGCCCCCCGGAGUUUAUAAAUUGGAAACACUGUUCUCAAGCAAGUUUCAAAGACCAGCAAGUAGUGCCCACCAGGCAGAGGCUGAUGUAGCUAUGCUCACAAAACUAAUACAGCAUUACGGCAUUGAUUUCCUGGCCUUCGCCGAGGAGCAGGCCAUUCCAUUCCACCAAGUGGUGCCACUUGGCUCUCCCGUUUGUCGAAAAAGUUAGCGCAAUCUAAUCAAUUCUAUUCCUGCAUGAACAUCAUUUUAAAAUGUGAUCUAUUGUUAUAUUUUUUAUAAAUCACUGAAAACUAGGAUUUUAAUAGUUAAUAAUUAAUUGAUUUUAUAAAAAAAUAGUUUUGUAUAAAAGUUCCAUGAGGAACCUAAUAGCAUUCCAAGAGAUUAAAUUUUUUCACUUUGAGCUACAA